CACCACGUGACGCCCCCGCUUCCUAUCGUGCUGCGGCAUUGCACUUGAACACACUGUAUUUGCAGUGGGUCAGAAGAAGUGCUUUACUUCGAUACAGUAGGUACUUUGUUGACCAGAUUCACUGCUUGGUGUUUGGUUGACAACAAUGGCACUUAUUUCCCUCGAGGAUCUUGAGGGAUUAGACAACGAGCUGCUUGACGAUGACAUCUCUGACAAUCCUGAGCCAAUGGAGGAUGACGAGCAGCAGAGACUGUAUGCCCAUUGGCAAGCUGUGGCCAGCACACACCAGGUGUCCGUCCCCCGAGACAUGACAGGACCAAUUCAAGAGAUGACUAGGCGGAAUCAAACCCAAGAGAGAGAACCGGUCCCUUUUACCUCCAUCUCCCGGCAUGAGAAGCUGGGCGAAGUGAUGUUUGAAGAGAGGAUGUAUCCGGCAGGGAAGUGGGCAUGUGUCACUAAAGCGGAAAAGCUGUACGAGCAGAGCAUCUCACUGGGCUUCAUGAAACUCAUGAAAUUCAUCUGCAAGGAGAACUCUUUAGGACGCUAUUUGGGAAUGACUGUACCCAUUAUGAAUAUAAUCAAAAUGCUUGAGGACGGCAGUGGCUUCGAAAAGGAAAUCCUGACAGCAUAUUACCUGCCUGCGGAGUUCCAGGUCAACCCGCCGCAGCCAACCGACCCAGACAUCAUCAUACUUCAAAGGGAGGCAUUACGCGUCAUUACCCGGACGUUCUUUGGCACCACCACGGAGGAGACAAUCAUGCCUCAGAUCAACCUUCUCUGGGAAAUGCUUGGACCCAGUGAGGAGAUGCACCGCAACUCUUACAUGGUGGCUGUCUAUGAGAACCCAGGGGUUUCCUGCCGCAAAAACGAGAUUUGGUUCAUCCGACGUGACCCAUAAAGCUCAUAGCACACACAUCUACCCCUUCCCAAAUCAUCCCGACACCACCCCCAUUUCACCCCACUUCGUUGGCAUGAGGGUCGCGUUCAUUAGGUGCUGAAUGGAAUAAACAGGACUGAAACAGGGAGGGACUACCUGGACUCAUUUUUUUUCUCGCCAUUGCAUGCCCUUAUGAACACAACCCAGAUUAUUCCUGAAAGGGUGAAGGAGUAUGGAAGGAAAAUCUUUAUAAUUCACUAAGACUGUAUGUUGUUUAUACACUAGGGGAGCAUAAAUCUAAAUAAUUUCAGUGGCAUUCAUACUGUAUAUUCAACCAAAUAUGGUAUUUAAAAUACAAAUAUAUUUUAUUUAGGUGAGGACUCUCUUUGCAUUUAAUGUGUAUGCUCUUUGUAGGGAUUUGUUGACAGUAGAAAGAGUUAAAGACAGAUUACUGAGUGCUACGGAAUAGGCCAGAAUCUAACCCAUGAUGCAGCAGUGGGUUGGCACUGGGCUACACAACAAAAACAUAGGGGGAAAAGUGGUAAUAUUACUUUUGAUUGUCCAUCUUUGGACACAGAAGAAACAAUAUAUCCCAUAACAGUUUCUAUGAAUACUCAGAAAUAAGCUGUAAUUGUUGACAUUUUUGGUCCUAGGUUAGGAAUUGUACCUCUAAUUAAACAAACUAGUAGUGCACUGCAGCCAGGAGGGACUCUCAAAUCAGCUGCUAGUACUGAUUUAUGAAAGAUUCAGCUUGAUUCAAGGUGCAGAGCAGUCUAUUAAAUGACAACAUAGAGUAAUGUGCAUACAUGUUUGUGCCAAGAUUAAAAUGAAUGCAUCCUUUAACAUACUACUACAAUGUUGUGGUUACAGUUAAGUAGUGCAGUCAUCCACACGGAAAAAAAUCUGUCUUAUCGAGUAUUCUUAACUUGUUUUCAGGUUAAAAAACUAACCAUCCUUAAAAUAAGGUCAAUUUUUCUUAACAAGAUAGAAAAUAUGCCUUGAAUAUCAUGUAAUUUGUCUUGUUCCCUUGGCAGAUUAUUUCACUUUAUUUCAAGCAAAUAUCCCGUCUAAAAUAGUUAAAUAAUCUUGUUCCAAUGGCUAAAUUUUUUGCAGUGCAGGUUUAAACUAAUGUUACAUAUAGAUAAUUGUGACAAAUUCAUCAUUCAAAAUGUAUUUUAUAUUUGGUUGUCAUCUGCACACUCAUUUAGUUGUCCUGCCUAUGAAUUUAGCCCACAGUAUUUUUCCAUUACGAUAUGGCUGGUGAGGGGAUUUUAGGUAUAGUUAUGCAAACAAGUAAAUGGCAGAUAUCUUAAAUGACAGUGCCCCUUCACCCAGACUCAAAAUGAUAGAUAACUCCUCUAGAUAACAAAUCCACUGGGUGGCAAAUGAGCAGUGAGUUAUUUUUCAGUGUUUCUAUAUUGUUUGUGAAUAGCAAGGAAUAGAUUUUCUUUGAUGAGGUUAGUUGUGAAUAGAGCUUUCUGAGGCUGGGACCAGGCAAUGUAGAUAAAGGUCUAAGCUUUUUGAAGAUUCAUCACUACAGUUGAUGUUGGUGGGGGAAUGGAUUGUAGUUUAACUAAAGUGGCUUAUGUUCAGAAUGGCCAAAUGAUGUGCUCUACUGUUGCUUGCCUCUAUAUACCACAUUUGCAAUUUUCCUAGAAUAAGUUAGAUGUAUUUGCUUGUCAAUAAUUAGUACUGUGUACUUUACGUAUAUUUGAAAUUGCUCCUAGGCCUCAAUGUUGUUUCUGUAUUUCUAUACUGUUUUUCUAAUGUUUGAAAGCAUUUAUUUCAAAAUGGCAGUGUGAAUUUUAGUGGGUUGCUUCAAUUAAAAAAUACUUAAAUGUU